AAUGCCAUUUUUUGGAAAACCUGCACCACCCAACGAGUUUCGAUUUGUAAUGGUAGGUAAAACUGGAGCGGGAAAAAGUAGAGUUGGAAAUACUAUACUUAAUACUAACGCAUUUACAUUUGCUCUUGAUGCUAAAUCAGUUACAUCAGUGUGUAGGUUAAUGAGUUCAGAAAAUCGCUUUGGAAAAAAGAUUGAUUUGGUGGAUACACCAGGUGUUUUUGAUACAGAAAAGGACAAUGAAACGGUUCAAAUAGAGAUUUGUAGAUGUAUUUCAAUGACCACACCAGGUCCUCAUGCUAUUCUAUUUUGCGUUCAAAUGGGUCGAUUCACUGAUCAAGAGAUGGAUGUUCUUGAACACUACAUUAAAUAUUUUGGACAUAAUAUACUGAACUAUUUGGUUUUUGUAUUUACCCAUCUUGAUUCCUGGAGAGAGAGUUACAAAGAUAGAGGUGUAUUAGUCCCAUCUGAAGACGUUUACAUAAAGUCGUUGCCUGAAAAGGCAAAAUCCUAUUUAGAAAAAUGUAAUAACCGUUAUAUUUGUUUGGACAACAGAGCCAAGGAAGAGGAAAAGGAAAAGACCGUCAAGAAGCUGAUCGAAAAAGUGGAAGAAAUGCUUUCUAAAAAUGGCAACUCAUGUUAUACCGAUACAAAUUACGAGGAAGCAGAAAAAAUACUGCAGACAAUGAUGACUGUCAAUAGUCUACGCGACGAAAUUAAAAAUAGUGAAUCAUUUUUAAACAAAGUAAACCUGUACUUCAAACUUGUAUUUCAGAAAAUAUACUUGAAGUUGAAGACGUAAGGACUACUUCCCCCGUAGAAGUCUUCAUUAUAUACUGCAUUGAAUGCCAAUCAUAAUUUUUACUUUCGCUUAUAUAAUUUUGUUUCCAGAAUGUAGAACUAUAAUUUGUCUCUACGUAGAACGUUUCAAAAAUGAUGAGUGAGAUGAGUGAAUAAGUCGCUU